AACUAAUUUUGCUUUCUCAAGACCAGCUUAGCAUACUCAUUCCUUAGGACAAUUGAAUUGCACAAGCCCUUGUUUAACUCUACAAUUCAUCAAUCCCAUGUUCCAGAUUCGUGAUGCGGGGUCAGACCUGAGGGACGCCGAGUUCAUCACGGCAGCCUUCGACUCUACUUUGCCAUUCCUCAACGAGACUGGCAACACAGGCCAAUGGGGAACAGUUCCUUUCUCAGAGAGAGAUGGCUUCUUACAAGGCACCCGGAAAGAUAUCAAACAAUCAGAAAUCUUUCAACUCAGCGGCCAAGGCGAGCGGCGACGAAUCUUUAUCGCAGAAAUUGAGGAAACCCACUUUGGCGAUGAUGCCGUAGACCGUCACCGCCGGAAAGAUCAUGACACUGGUAGAACCUUCGUCUCAGUGGGCGCUGCGAUGAUUCUCGACGACGAAUUCGCCAGUCAUAUACGCUCUAUUGUUGUUUUGGAAUCUCUUAUAGCCGCUGCUGAGAAACAAGGUGUAUUUGUGUUUCUGGACUUCCUUAUCACAGAUCAUCGCCUACCAUCAGCCCAGCGUAAGGGAGCCGGGCUGGCAUUGCUAGAGCAUGUCAAGACCUACGCGUCUGAACACGGGAAACGAGCCAUUUUCCUCGAUUGCUGGACUGGAGGUACAGACAAACUGGUCAGGUACUACGAAAGCGCUGGCUUCAGUCCAGUACAAGACUUUGAACACAAUAAGAAGAACGGGGAUGUAUGGCCUGGCAGGCUAUUUCGACUGGAUUUAGCACCUGGACCACCUUAAUUAAAUGUGACUCAUGCUUUAAUAAAUGAGCAAUGACACAUUAUAUCAGGAAACUCUUUCUUAACCACAUUCGCGGUAAAGUUGCUCGUACAGAGCAGUAUUCUAUCAACCAAACUGGUAACAUCAUUUACACAGGAACAUGCUUCUCCAACCACUCCUUCAUCACCCCCGUAGCAGGGUACUCCCCAUCCCCGAGCCUCAACAACAUCUGAACAUGGCCCUCAAACCCCUCCCCCUCAAAAACCCUCACCUCCACACUCGUCCCCGCCGCCUUCAACGCCACAGCCAACUCUGUCGCCUGCCGAAUGCCCCCCUUCCUCUGAACAUGCAGCAGCAGAAACGCCCCCGCGUUCGGUG